AUCACAGAGCCGCAACGGUGUACACCGGUACACGCGCACGGAUUAACCGAGAGAGAGAGAGAGAGAGAGAGAGAGACUCCUGAUAACUAACUCAUCAGCUCCCUCCGCGUUUGCGUCAUACUACACUAUGCUGACCGCGUAAAACUCUUUUUUUUUUCUUUUUUUUCUUUUUUUUUUAAACAGUAUUAAAUCACAAAUUUAUAUUUUUUUCCCCCCUCCCGGACAUUACUGCACGGAAUUUUAUUUAUGCGUUUUUAAUUCAUUCCUCCAAACCCGCAAGCUCCCCGAAAAGAAAAGAGAGUUAAAGAAAAGCCCCGCGCGCUCCGGGAGGAUGCUCGCGCUGACGCGGAGCUCGUGCUGCUGCUGCUGCUGGCUGCUCGCGCUACUGCUGAGCCACGCGGGAGUCAAAGCGGCCAACCACAACAAGAACAUCAACUCCAUCAAAACGGCGCCGCUCGGAGAGGCACCCACCGCCACCGCCGCCGCCGCCGCAGCGUCCACGCACCCGGGCAGUGUGGCUCACGCGCCGGCGAAGAAAUCCAACGUUCCCGUGCAGGAGUACAGCGGUGAGAAGCAGUGCAGCAACGAUAAGGACUGUCCGGUCAGUAGUUACUGUCACAGCACGCAGCACGCUCCAUCACGAUGCCUCACCUGCCGCCGGAGGAAGAAGCGAUGCCACAGAGAUGCCAUGUGUUGCCCCGGGAACCGCUGCAGCAACUUUAUCUGCGUCCCGUUCCCCGAGAACCUCAUGACCCAUCACAUCUCAUCUUUAAAGGAGCAGAAAAAGCUAAGCAAAGACAAAGCCUGGAAGAAGAGUGGGAAAGUCCAGACCAAGGUCUCCCUCAAAGGUCAUGAGGGCGACGCUUGUCUGCGUUCCUCAGACUGUUCAGAGGGUUACUGCUGUGCCCGCCACUUCUGGACCAAGAUCUGCAAGCCGGUGCUGCGCCAAGGCGAAGUGUGCACCAAACAGCGCAAGAAAGGCUCACACAACUUGGAGAUCUUUCAGCGCUGCGACUGUGCCAAAGGCCUGGUGUGCAAAGUGUGGAAGGAUGCCACGUCCUACUCCAGGUCCAGACUGCACAUGUGCCAGCGGACCUGAGAGGAACUAGGGAGCAGCGGCGAACGAGGGAGCUUCACCGAUAGGUCCUUCGUUCCCUCCAGGGAGCGAUGUGGAAAGGACUCCCUCUUCCCAGGACUCAGAAAAAACGUGAAGGGGAAUCAUGGAUAAAUGAGAGGAGAUUACAGUGAGACAGAGAUUAAUCUGGGCCAGUGUGCGUGCGUGUGUGUGUGUGUGUGUGUGUGUGUGUGUGUGUGUGUGUGUGUGUGUGUGUGUGUGUGUUUGUGUGUUUGUGGGUUUGUAAUAGAGGAUUGACGUUCACUAUCGAUGAAUGAGGUUCAUGAUCAGAUAUAGCUGUCUUUUCAUGAUUUAUUAUUUUUUUUGCUGCACAUGUUUUGAAGAGAUUUAUAUGAAAGCCAAAGCCUUAACAACAGGUAAUGAGGUAAUGAAAUGAUUUCAAUGUCUGUAGGAAUUUAGGCUUGACAGCAUAUUCGAAAAACAGGACUGAGUUAUCCAGUGAGGAGAAGCACACAUAUUUCAUACACGUUCUGCCAGGCUUCAGGAUAAUCUAUCAGAAAUAACCACUAUGUUCCAUGGAUUCCACAAAAACAUAAUCUCUUACUGUUCUGUAACACCAUCAACUAUAUAACCACAUGUUCAUGUCUGUUAGGUCUACCACAUCUCAUUGCUUAUAUUACUUUUUUUUUAUAAGCACUCGUUUUGUAUAUUGUCUCAAAAAAAAAAAAAAAAUAGCGCACAGUCACUUAGUCUCGGCAUCGUCUGAAUCUACAGAAGUGAACCAUGCCUCAGUGCUGCUUUACUGAUUUAGGGCUGUAUUCAGUGUUGGUGACUUAAGUCCACGCUUUACAUCAAUAUUUAAGUGGGGAGAUAUUUGUAAGCUAAUAAAAUAGCACUUGAUCCAGCACAUCCUAUCAUUUUACCUUUUAUUUAUUGAUAUUGUGCUUAAUGACGACUUAAUGUAGCCAGGAGGUCAUGAAAUCCUAAUGUGUGCACAGGAUAUUGGUUAUUUGAUCAUGCUAUUUUGAUUUGUUUAAUAAAAUUGAUAAAAUAAUGCCAAUGUUUUUGUUAAUUCGAUGUGCUUUCCUGUAAAAAAAAAAAAAAAAAAAGAAGAAAAAAAAGAAAAAGGAAAAAAAGUCCACGGUUUGCAGGAUAAGCUUUCCAAACAUUCAUCUGCUACCCUUUAAGCUCACUUUAAUUUAAUUCAUAACUUUACACUAAAAAAAAACAACAACAACAAUAUCUUUAAAGGGAUGAUACUAUUAAAUAAUUAAUAGUGCCAAUUUUAUGUAUUUAAUAUUGGCCUCAAAUUGCACUACGUCAUUUUUUUGUGCAUUUGCAGCCCAAAUCAUGACAUACUGUGGUUACGUUAAACUGUCAGAUAAUAGCACUGGACUUAUUACUGCUCCUCACUCGAGCUGAUAUCAUGCGAGAAAAUUGGUUUGAGAAUUGUGCGUAACUGACACACGCCUUUGUUUUUCUCAUGCGGUUUCUAAAUGGUGCUUAAGUUCAGUCUGAGUUCUAAAUGCACAAUUUCUGUAUGAAAUCCUCACUGCAUGUGCUUAAGUCAACUCUGAAUACAGCCAUUAGCGACCAGCGGCGUGGGUUACAGUUUACAUGUUCUCAAUGUCCAUGUAUAUGGUUUCAACUAAAGAGCAAAUUGAGGAUAUGGUAAACUACAGGGUAGUACUCUGUGAAACAAAGCAUAGUUCUCUGAAACUGUGUUUUUCCCUUUCCCUUUUUUCCCCCCCAUAGAAUGCCAUUAAUAGCUAAAAUAUGCAUUGAGAAUGCAUCCAGGAAUCAGGCACUGCUGUUUGUUUUACAGAUGUUGCCUAUUUGUACGAGGCAGGAUCUUAUGAUCUUAGUCUGUUUUCACUUGGCAACAUCCGUUGCCAUCACGAAAGCACGAACACAUGAAACAUUAUCGACUCGUGACAACACCUUCCAAAUAUGGCGAAUACAGGAUUACAGGAUCGGGUUCGGAUUACAGAUCUAGUCUUAAAAUGCCGGAUAUACUGUAUGGGUCAGUGAGAAAAUAUUACUACAGUAUCACAGAGUGAUCAAUAAGAGAACACCGAAUGCCUUUCUUAUUAAAGUUGCAUAACUCCUUCAUCCAUACUUUCUACAGAUUCACUUUGUGUACAAGACUUUAGAAUUCUAAAAAAAAAAAAAAAAAAAAAAAAAACUUGUUUACAGCUUGAGACUUUUGUGUAUAGGUCAUUUAAAAGAAUCUGUAGAUUCACAGCAAUGCCUUAUGAUUGUGAAUUUUAGAUGAAAUAACUGUAGCCAAUAAUAUUCAUUCUAAUUACAAAUGGUCUAUUUUGUGAAUAUUUUUUUUUUGUAUUGUAUUUUCCUAACAGUUCAUAAAGAAGUAAUAAGCUCUUAUUGUAAAUAACAAGGAAACUGAAAUGAAAUGUAUUUAAAAGGAAUUGUAUAUCAUGUACAUAUGAUGAUGGGAAGUAUGGAGGCUGUGCGUUUGGUACAGAGCCUUGAUUAAAAGCAGACGUUGUGGAAGCAUGUAAAGCUCCUUUUAUAGGAGAGUUUGCGUACAUUUAAGUGCAGAAAGCCUAUUUUACAUCUUCACUUUUGUCUAUACAGUGGCAUUUAAGAUAUCUCCAUAGAGAAUUAUUACUAUUAAAUUAUUUUUUUUAGAACACCUUUAAAUGUUUUGUUCAAGUCGCCUUUAAUGAGUCCUUAUUGUGCACUUGUUUUCUACAGUUGUUCCUGAAAGAAAAAAAAAUGACAUUGAAACUUGGUGCCCUAUUUCCCACUUGACAGAAAUCCCCCCCCCCCCCCACCCCCAGUGUAUAUUUACAAUGUUUAAAUGAUUAAAGAAUGUAUUUUGUAUUACAA